AUGUCCAAGAAGGUCUUCCGCAGCGUGCUCGACCACGUGGCGAGCUUCUACACUCGUUACUUGGCGCCAAGAACCGCGAGUGCAGCUAGCGCGACCUGUGGCCGCACCACCGCUCUCUCGCGCCUCGACAAGGACGACGACGACGAGACGCUGACGCACGCUGACCACCAACAUGACGACAAGUCGGAGCUCCAGGAGCUCUGGAACAAGUUCAAGCCAGUCGAGCUCUCUGGUACGACGCUUGAAUGCAGUCGUGGGUCGCGCUGCUGA